AUGUACAGCUUCAAUACUCUUCGACUCUACCUUUGGGAGACCAUUGUAUUCUUCAGUCUUGCUGCUUCCAAGGAAGCUGAAGCUGCUCGGUCUGCUUCCAAGCCCAUGUCGCCAUCUGAUUUCCUGGAUAAACUCAUGGGGAGGACCUCUGGAUAUGACGCCAGGAUCAGGCCCAAUUUCAAAGGUCCCCCAGUGAAUGUCAGCUGCAAUAUUUUCAUCAACAGCUUCGGUUCCAUUGCUGAGACAACUAUGGACUACAGGGUCAACAUCUUCCUGCGGCAGCAGUGGAAUGACCCCCGGCUGGCCUACAAUGAAUACCCCGAUGACUCUCUGGACUUGGACCCAUCCAUGUUGGACUCCAUCUGGAAACCUGACCUGUUCUUUGCUAAUGAGAAGGGGGCCCAUUUCCAUGAGAUCACCACGGACAACAAACUGCUGAGGAUCUCCCGGAACGGAAAUGUCCUCUACAGCAUCAGAAUCACCCUGACAUUGGCCUGCCCCAUGGACUUGAAGAAUUUCCCCAUGGAUGUCCAGACGUGCAUUAUGCAACUGGAAAGCUUUGGAUACACCAUGAAUGACCUCAUCUUUGAGUGGCAGGAGCAGGGGGCUGUGCAGGUGGCAGACGGACUAACCCUACCCCAGUUUAUCCUGAAAGAGGAGAAGGACUUGAGAUACUGCACCAAGCAUUAUAACACAGGCAAAUUCACCUGCAUCGAAGCCCGGUUCCACCUGGAGCGACAGAUGGGCUACUACCUAAUCCAGAUGUACAUCCCCAGCCUGCUCAUCGUUAUCCUCUCAUGGAUUUCCUUCUGGAUCAACAUGGAUGCUGCCCCUGCCCGUGUGGGCCUGGGCAUCACCACUGUGCUCACCAUGACCACCCAGAGCUCUGGCUCUCGAGCAUCCCUGCCCAAGGUAUCGUACGUGAAAGCCAUCGACAUUUGGAUGGCCGUGUGCCUGCUCUUCGUGUUCUCAGCCCUGCUUGAGUACGCCGCCGUCAACUUUGUGUCUCGGCAGCACAAAGAGCUGCUCCGAUUCAGGAGGAAGCGAAGACAUCACAAGAGCCCCAUGUUGAAUCUGUUCCAGGAGGAUGAGGCUGGAGAGGGCCGCUUCAACUUCUCAGCCUACGGCAUGGGCCCAGCCUGCCUUCAGGCCAAGGACGGCAUCUCCGUCAAGGGCGCCAACAACAGCAACACGACCAACCCCCCUCCGGCACCAUCCAAGUCCCCGGAGGAGAUGCGAAAACUCUUCAUCCAGCGGGCCAAGAAGAUCGACAAGAUCUCCCGCAUCGGCUUCCCCAUGGCCUUCCUCAUCUUCAACAUGUUCUACUGGAUCAUCUACAAGAUCGUCCGCAGGGAGGACGUCCACAACCAGUGA